AUGGUUCCGGGGCUGUAUAAGAUUUUUGACGAGAUUCUGGUGAAUGCGGCGGAUAACAAGCAGCGCGACCCGAGCAUGGACGCUAUUAAAGUGACCAUCGAUACUGCCAAGAAUAAGAUUCAGGUGUGGAACAACGGUCGUGGAAUUCCCGUGGAGGUUCACGCGAAGGAGGGAUGCUACGUGCCGGAGCUCAUCUUCGGCCACCUGCUGACGAGCAGCAACUACGACGACUCGGCGCGCAAGACCACGGGCGGGCGCAACGGAUACGGCGCGAAGCUGGCGAACAUCUUCAGCACGGAGUUUGUUGUGGAGACGGCAGACGGCAGCCGGCAGAAGAAGUACAAGCAGGUACGUGCGCAGGUAGAGCAUUCUUGGGUCUUUUCACAGAACAUGAGCGUCAAGAAGGCCCCAGUAAUAAAAGACUGCAAGCCCACCGACAACUUCACCUCCAUUACCUUCCACCCGGACUUGGCCAAGUUCGGCCUCGAUUCUCUAGACGCAGACCACGUGGCACUCAUGAGCCGACGUGUCGUUGACGUGGCAGGGUGCCUGGGGAAAUCCGUGAAAGUCAUGCUGAAUGGUACGCGCGUGCCUGUGAAAUCGUUUGCGGAUUACGCGGGGUUGUAUCUUGCCCCUCCCCCGCCGCCCACCCCGCAACCCCCUGCCACUCCGCCGUCGUCAGGGGAAGGGGGGAGUGGCGGGGGGGAGGGGGCACGGGCGGAAGGAGGCGUGUCUGCAGCAGAAGCGGCAGCAGCAGCGGCAGCAGCAACUGCUCAUCCUUCAACUCAUGAGAAGCUCCCAAGGAUCCACGAGAGGGUGAACGACUGCUGGGAGGUGUGUGUGUCUACGAGCGAUGGGCAGUUCCAACAGGUCAGCUUCGUGAACGCCAUCGCGACCACGAGAGGAGGCACGCACGUGAACAUGGUAUCAGAGCAGAUUGUGCGGUACCUGCUGGACAAGGCGCAGAAGAAGGCUGCCACUGGCAAGCACGGGUCCGCCAGUGGCGCUGCUGCCAUCAAGCCUCACCAGGUGCGCAGUCAGCUGUGGGUGUUUGUGAACUGCCUGGUGGUGAAUCCAGCCUUUGACUCGCAGACCAAGGAGACGCUCAACACACGCCCCUCUGACUUUGGCUCCAAGUGCCACCUCUCUGAAGACUUUCUCAAAAAAG